CAGUGGCAUACUGCAAAAAUCGCAUUCCCCUAAUGAGUUUUUGUCUUAGUUUGCAUUAAUUGCAGUUCCUUAAGUAUCUCAGGAGAGUUGAUGAUAAAGACAUGGCAAGUAAUAGUCGAGCAUCCAUUGUUAUAGAUGUGAAAAACAGCAUGAGUGCCAAGCUCCACAAUGAUGCGCCUUUAUCUGCCACAAGUUGCAUCUUCAGAGUUCCCGAACUGCUCCGGAAACAUAAUCCAGACGCAUAUCAGCCUCAUAUUGUCUCAAUCGGACCUCUCCAUCUAGGAACUCAACAACUGCAACCGAUACAAGAUUUGAAACAAUGGUAUUUACAAAACCUCCUCUCAAACAUGAAGAUAAAUAGUUUGGAUACUUUGAUUGAAGAGAUUUUAAUUGUUGAGGAGCGUGCCCGUGAAUUUUAUGAGGAGUCACUCGACUCUCUUAGCAAGAAUGACUUUGUAGAAAUGCUGAUACUUGAUGGUUGCUUCCUGAUACAACUAUUUCGGAAGUUUCACUACAACAGACAUACUCCAAAUAACCCUGUAUUCAACAUGGAUUACAUGAUUGAGUAUCUAUACCAUGACCUUUUGCUACUAGAGAAUCAAUUGCCUUGGUUUGUUCUGGACCGUCUAUAUACCCUUACCCUUGAUUUUUACCCCAGCGAUUACCUCUCCCUUCGUAUACUCAUUCUUACCGUUUUGUCCUCAGAACCAUCACUAAAGUAUUCGUGCAAAUCCUAUUUAGAGUAUGUUGGUGAUAAGAGAGAAGAUGAAAAUGAAAAGGUGGUGCACAUACUCGAUCUUAUAAGAACUUCAUUCGUUUUUCCACUCAAAGAUGUUACACCUCCAGCCACUGGGAAAAUAUCUAGUCUCUGGAAAUAUAAAAAACCAAGAGAGAAAUAUGCAUGGAAAAUUCCUCCGGCAACUAAACUCGCAAAGUCAGGUGUGGAAUUUAAAAGAGGCCCGGUAGACAGUAAGAGCAUACUGAACAUAAAAUUCAAAAAAGGGGUUUUUACAAUUCCACAGCUACUAGUUACCGAGAUGACCGAACCAUUGCUGAGGAACCUAAUAGCCUUUGAGCAAUGCUAUCGUGGUCGCUCUUAUGAAAUAACUUCUUAUGCCGUUUUGCUGGGCAGACUCAUUGGUUCGAGCAGUGAUAUGGAACUCCUCUGCGAGGAUAAAAUAAUUGAUAACUGGUUGAGUGCUGAUGAUGGUUCCAAGCAGGUCUUCAACAAGCUUUACAAUGACACAUGGCUCAGAGGGUUCCUGUAUCAUGGCCUAUGCGCUGAAGUGAAUACCUAUUACGAAGUGAAAUGGAAUCACUGGGAAGCAAAAUUGAAACGUGACUACUGUGCUAAUCCAUGGAUGAUUCUUUCUUUAAUUGCAGCGGGUUUACUUCUCUGUCUCACCGCAGUGCAGACAGUAUAUACCCUUCUGCAGUAUUAUUAAUCAUUCUAGUGAGUGGAGUUUUUCAUUUUGUUUGAGUUGGUAGUUUGAUGUUUUUUUUUUUGGCACAUUGAGAAAACAACAAUAUUUACGUGAAUUUUUAUUUUGGA